AUGAAGUCGCGGACCCUUGCGCUUCUCGUCGCUGGCCUCUAUGGCCUUGAGCCAUCCCUUGUAACAAGUAUCGAGGCCGAGACUGAGACCACCAUCCCGAGCUCGAUCCCCAGCGUAGACCUCCCCACCGUCUCCGACAUUCCAUCCAUUUCAGAAAGCGAGACGGCUGCCCCGACAUCCUCGUUCGCCGAAGAAGAAGAAACCGCCUCGUCGAUCCCCGAUGACACCGAGACCCCGUCUCCCUCGCUCACGGAUCUCCCUACCGAUAUCCCCACUGACACCGUAACAGUCGCCACGGAGACGGAGACGGAGACAGCGACAGAGACCGACACGGAGAGUGUGACGGAGAGCGAGGCGGAGACCGCGACGGAGAUCGCGACAGAGAGUGCGACGGAGACCGUGACGGAGAGUGCGACGGAGACCGUGACGGAGAGUGCGACGGAGAGUGAGACCGAGAGCUCGACGGAGAGCGAGACCGAGAGCGCGACGGAGAAGACGGAGACCGCGACGGAGACGGCGGAGAGCAGCGGCCCUCCCUCGGCGGCACCGACUGUGCCUGCUAGCUUUAAACUCGCCUCGACAAGUGGCCCCACGGCCGGUAAAUCACUGCAGACUCGAAACGCGAACGGAUUUUACCUCGCCUUCAACACGUCGUAUUUACCGGAAGCCUCUUUCUCCUACGAAGCAGAGACCGGUUACCUUCGCCCUGGCCCGGCCGUCUAUACCUGCGCGACGUAUUCGGUAGGCCAGACCUUUGCUCUGCUCGCGGCGUGUACGCCGGGAACCGCCAACUGGCAGAUGGUGACUUGCGAGCCGCCCUCCGGCAAGACUCUCCAGUGUAGCGCCCCGGCAUGCGACUUCGUGGGGCACACGGUUUGGGGCCAGGCCGGCACGGACAUGGAGGGCAUGUCGUGGACCGAGUAUACGCAGGUGUGCGAUCCCGAUGCCGAGCCCUGGACACACCUUUACACCACCACCUACGAGCUCCCCGAGUACGAAGUAUGGACUAUUGCCCUCGGGCCCGAAAACGCGACCGGCGACGACUCGCUCGUGCCCAUUGACCUUGCGGUCCAGGCAGUGGACAGCUCUUGA